UUUCAUAUCUAGGGUUGUUAUGGCGGAUUUUGAUCAAGAGCUCUCGGAGCGGCUUAACAAAGUUGCCCUUUCUGUCAAUGAAGAAAAAAUCUUUGAUAUAGCUCAGAACGACAUUAAGCUCAGUGAUGACGAGUGCAAUCGAAGCCUUUUCGGUAAAAUAGUUGGAGAUAGGCCAGCAAGCUGGAUUGGUAUAAAGCGAGCAAUGUCCCUAAUCUGGAAGCUUAAUCAAGCUAUGGAAGUGAAAGAACUCUGCCCAAAUUAUUUUCAAUUUAUUUUUCAAAACCGGGAUGAUAUGAAGAAGGUGGCUAGUGGUACCAAUUGGAGUUUCGAGAACCAGUACCUCGUCUUGAAAGAAUGGGAUAUGAAUAUCAACAGCAAACACCCUAGUUUCCGGGAGCUGAAUAUUUGGGUCCAGGUUCAAAACAUUCUUCUUAAUUGGAUCAGUACGGAAGUGGGGCUCAAGAUAGGCCAGGCCUUCCACAAGGUCAAGAAUGUGGUUAUUGCGACUACAGGGAGUCAUGGAGGUAAGAUUCUAAAACUCUUAGUCACUCUCAAUGUGGAAGAAUCUAUUCCUCGUAUGGCUAAGGUGAGGCUUGGAAAUCAGUUAGUGACAGUCGGCUUCAAGUACGAGAAACUCAUCAACCUCUGUCACUAUUGCAGAAAAAUUGGUCACUUAGAUAGAGCAUGCCAAUUAAAAAUGGAUGAUAUCCGAAAUAAUUCUCUCCGAGAAGAGCAAUAUGGUGAUUGGUUAAGAGCUCCUGAUGGUGUUAAAGGAAAUCCUUCCAGUUUUUCAGGCUCUAGAUCAACCCCACCUCCAGAAUCUCCAUCACACUCAGAUAACAAUAUAUCCCAAAAAGCUUCUUCCAGUCGAGGGCAAGCCAAUAAUCAAAUAAUCCCCAGCACUGGAAUAAUUGAGUCACCAGCUCGGUCAAUGGGUACACCUUCUGUAGUCUCAACUACUGGUAAUGCUGCAGAGAUGGGGAACCUAGAAGAAGCUAAUUUGCAAAUUGUGGAUGCUAACCCCAUGGAUCUUGAAAAAGGAGAGUUAUCCUCAAUCUCAGAGUUUACAUUUCAUCAUGAGUCUCUCCCAGCAUCUCAACAUCAUCCUCUGAAAUCAUGGAAAAGAACAGGUACAAGAUUGAACAGACUUCUCAGUACCAAUGAUUCUCCUAUUAUUAUUGACCAGCAGUCCAAGGGCAAAAGAAUCAGGCAAGUUGUGGACUCAUCUACACUGCCUGAGGAUCAUGAUGUUCAAACUCAGGCUCAACUCAAAAAACAAAAAACUGAAAUGGAAAAGGUAGGGUCUGUAUGUAAUAAGUUAGGUUUUGUUAAUAGGAUGGCUAUUGUAGACCCCUCUGGUCUUAGUGGGGGUCUUGUUUUGUUGUGGGAUUCCCAAGUUGUUGUUAAUCAGAUUAUCUGUAAAAACUUUUUCAUUGCUGUUGAGUUCCAGUUGCACUUAAUCAAAGCUGAUCUCUUGAAGGCAAUCAUCAGUUUCUUCCAAUCAGGUAAUAUUCUGAAACAUUGGAACCACACAGUGCUAUCUCUGAUCCCCAAGUGUUUUUCUCCUGACAAUCUGAGCCAAUUCAGGCCAAUAAGUCUCUGUACUGUUAUCUACAAACUCAUUUCCAAAAUCUUGGCUCAAAGACUUAAGUCCUGCUUACCUUGUUGCAUUAGUGACCUUCAAGCUGCUUUUCUGGAGGGCAGACAAAUCACUGACAAUAUUAUUAUUGCACAAGAAGCUUUCCAUUUCCUUAAUAGACACUCUUCUGGCCCUCAUGCUUUUAUGGCUCUCAAGUUAGAUCUUGUUAAAGCUUUCGAUCGUGUUGAAUGGAUUUGUUUAAAGAAACUUAUGAUUCAUAUGGGUUUUCACAAUGAUUUUGUCAAGCUGAUAAUGACCUGUGUUACUACUACCUCAUUUUCUUUCAAAAUUAAUGGCAGCAUCAGUGGUUAUGUCCUUCCCUCGCGUGGUAUAAGGCAGGGGGAUCCUUUAUCCCCCUACCUUUUUCUUAUUGUAACUGAAUUGCUUACUGCCUUGGUUCAACAUUCUAUAUCUUCUGGGAUGCUCAAAGGUUUGAAACUGUCCAGAAAUGGGCCUGUGCUAUCUCACAUCCUUUUUGCUGAUGGCUCCCUGUUCUUCCUUAAAGCUGGUACUGAUCAAGCAGGUUUUCUGAUGAGCAUUCUUGAGAAAUACAGAUUAUUCACUGGCCAGACGGUUAACCUUCAGAAAUCUGCUGUCUUCUUCAGCAGAAACACAUCUGACCACCUGAAGAGAUCAAUAUGCAAUGCUCUGAACAACAUUGUCUCUCACAGAUCAACCAAAUACUUGGGCUUGCCUUUGGGAAUUGGUAGAUCUAAAAAACAAGUUUUUGAUUAUGU